UGAACUGAUCUGCACCGGAUGUAAAACCAAAGCAACGCUGCUAAUACGAAAGGUAACGUACUAUUUCAUUUUUAUAUUCAUAUUUGAUCUUACUACAUAUAUACUUACCGUUCUAAGAUCAGUUAUCAUGCUGGCAUGUAUGCUUGAUUGGUUGACCAGGUUAGCUAGCUCAAGACAACGCUUGAAUCCGACGUUAGCUAGUUUAGCUUAGCUCGCUAACGUUAGCCCAACAUGCUACUAUUCACUUUAAGCUUCGCUGUUACAGCAGAUAGGUGAAGUUAGCUCACACAAGUCUUUUCCCGAGGACCCGUUACACACAGCUCUCUAAAUCUCAUAGUACGCAACUAUAUUGUGUCCCUGAGAGAACUGAACAAUAUAGAAAGGAAACUAACGUUUCUCUGGAAGAGAGUGACUUUUUAUAUUAUUUCUAAUGCAACAUUUUAAAGAGGGAUUUAAUUGUGUUAAACACUAUAAAAUGCGAUUUUCUUAAACGUAACUUUAACUAUGUCUGUGUGUGAGACACCUCUAAAAUUGCCAGGUGUCCUCUAUAUCCACCCAGUUAUCUUUAUUUCAACAAAUGCAUUUACUUACACAACAAAAAACAAUCACUCAAAAGACAAUUAAUAGACAAAAUGCAACAAGAAAAUUAGCUUGUUAUAUGUUUAUGUUUAUUUUUUGGGGGGGGUUCUGGCAACUAUCAAUAGGAGUAAAUCCUAAUUUGUUUUGAAGGGGGUUAGCAAUUAAUUAAUACUACAGGUUAUACAGUUAAAUCAGAAGGAAUGUACUAAAUAAAUAUUGUAAUAUAAAAUAAGUUAGAGACUUUUCUUAUAAACCUGUUUAAAGAUUGUAUCCUGUCAAAAUGUAAACUGUUCAAAAAUUUCAAUUUGACACUGAUGUUAUGUAUGUUUUCUGUAACUCUCGCCCCCAAACACUUUUUAGAUUAAUCUACAGGAUUACCUAAAAAAACAACCCUGAAUCUAAAAAAAAAAGAAGGGUCUCUUCUAUUUUUAUGAUACUGCAAAUGAUAAAAUAUGUAAAUCUUCUAGAUCCACUCAUUGAUACCUGUGGUCUACUUCUGCUGAGACUAUGUCUGACAGUGAUGGCCAAGGACAAGAGCCGGCUGGACUGGAAGGUCUGCCACCAAUGCAUAGCAUUUCCAAGGGAGAGGUGGUGUCUGUGCAGACUUACGGAGCCUUCGUCCGACUGCCAGGAUACAAGAAAGAAGGCUUGGUGCAUGUGAGUGAGAUGUCAGCCACACGCAUUGAGAAUGCCUCAGAAGUUGUCGAUAUGGGGGAACAUGUGUGGAUUAAAGUAAUUGGGAGAGAGAUUCGCGACGACAAGGUCAAGUUGUCCUUCUCAAUGAAAGCUGUCAAUCAGGGAUCUGGGCAGGACUUGGACCCAAACAAUGUCAUGGGAGAGCAGGAUGCGAGGCGACGUAAGCAAUUUAGAGAUCACACAGGCAACAGGAUCACACUGGAAGCUGUCCUCAACACUACAUGCUCAAAGUGCGGCUGCAAGGGUCACUUUACAAAGGACUGUUUCUCUGCGCCGGGCUUGCAGUACGCUCUGUUACCUGAAGAGGAUGAGGAAGCGCCACGGCAGCAACAGCAGCAGACCACCUCAGUUGCACCACAGCCAGAGUCAGGCAAAAAGAAGAAGAAAAAGAAGGAGAAGAAAAUGAAGAAAAAGAGGGAGAGGAAGGAGUAUGAGAGCGGCAGCAGCAGCAGCAGCGAAUGCAAAACCAAGAGGAGGCGCCAUGAGCAAACUCACGACAAAGAGGACAAAAAGAAGAAGAAACAUAAGAAACACAGAUCACACAAACACAGCUGAGACAGCCACACAACUCAAACACACAUUUUCAGUCACACAAACUGCAGCUAUCAGACUGACGCAAAGGGGGAAGUGGGUAACAACAGACGGAGAGACAGACUUCAAGCUGUGAAUCUUUUAAUAAUCUCUCCCCAGGACGGCUCAUUAUAAAGACCUUCAUUCAUUUGAGUGAAGGAAAGUUCAUGUUAUUGGAAGCACAGUCUUACUUACUGUCAAGUUUAUAGAAUCAAAAUAAGUCAAUAGGAAAAGUGCUGCAAAGACAACCAUCUGAUGACAAGCCCCACUUGUCCUAAAGUAACCUCUGGCUCCAUCUCAGAGGGAGGAGCUUACACAUCACAUGUAUCCGUUAUGUCAGCAAGUGGAUACCCCUCUUGAAAUCCAGAUAUUGUUCACAGUUAUCAGGUUUCAUCAAACAUUCAUUAAGAAGACAAUGAAACUGAAUCUGGGGGGGGUGCUAACAUUAAAAUCCUUCCAAUAAUCCACAUAGAGAAAGCUGCACACACACAGGAAGUAGUAGAGACAAACGGGACGGGUAAUGCAGCACAAGUCAGCAUGACAGGAAGCUCAUGCUGUGAUGAUAUCCUGAGGUUGUCUGCUGCUUAUUGCCCGUUUGUGUGUACAUCAAAAUGUGUGUUUGUGUCCCUCACACACAACCUUCCUUCCUGCAUGUCAACUGUUAACUCCAUUAAAGGCGUUUUUUUAUUUGUGGACAUUAAAAAGGCCUCUUUGUUCUUGGACCUUGAACUUGUAAUGUUGCAUUUAAAGUUAGUACACGGGGGACCGAAACACACACACACACACAAAAACAAACAUGAGAAAUGUUCAUGUUGGUUCUGGUCCACCCUGGGGGUCAAAUAACGGUAACGUGUGCCAGAAUAGGACUGAGCUGAGCUAUUUGCACAACGGGGCAUGUCCCAUAGGGUCAAAGUUGACAGAGAAGCUUUUUUUCUUUCCUUUUAAAAGAUUAUACCCCUGACAAGUAAGACGAGAUUAAGUGAUGUUCAGGAAUCAGCAUCUUGUUUCUUUGGUGCUGUUUUGACCUGAAAGCUCUCACUUGGAGGAUUGUGGGGAGAUUGCUUCCAGCUGCAGUGACAUGUCUCCAGUGCUUCUUACAAUCUCCAUUUGUUUACACCAGACAA